AUGUUUUCAAUCUCAUUGGCUAUCCAUGCCAUCAACAUUCCUAUCAAAGAGGAAGCGCCGUUUUUUUCUCUUAUUUCGGGGGGCUUUGGUUAGAGAUGGUCCAUAAUAUACUUUGCCAAUUUUAAAUCUUGUGUUCCUUUCAAGAAUGACAUUCUACUGAUAGUGGAACCACUAUUAUGGCUGAGAUGAGGAGGGAGAGGUAGAGAAGUUGGAAUAUGAUAUUAAUUUUUUGUCAUUUUAAUUUAUCUAGGUGGUUAUUAUUUAUUCAGGUGAAAAUCCACAUCAUCACUAUUUUUGCCAGCUGACACGCGUGUAUAGUCACACUAGGAGCAACAGAGAAAAGGGUGUACGUGAUAGUGGAAUAAACAAAUUUGAAAAAGUAAUUAAAAUAAAAUAUUAUUUAAAUGUAUACCAAAUAAAAAGUUUCAAGUUCAGGGAGGCGAUAAUACUUUUGCUAUUUGAAAAAGUAAAAAACAAUGGAAAUGAAUCGUCACUUCUCUCUUCACUGUCACUCUGCCCCAAAUUCUAGGCCAAAGAAGAACUCAAAGAUAGCGUUUGAAAUUGUAUUUUAGAGAAGAACUCUUGUUUUAGUUGAUAGCGUGUUUGAAGUCGUGUUUGUUGGUAGUGUUUGUGAUCGUGUGUCUGAAAUCGUGGCAGCAACUAUUCCUGAACUGAAAUCAGUAGUUCUUGAAGGUUAGUCCUUUUUCAUGUUGUCUGACCUUACAACUGAAUUUUUCAUCCGAAAUUAUGUACUAUGGAGUUAUUGUUGAUCUUGUUGACGUUAUUAUUGAUUUUGUUAACGUGAAAAUUGUUAAGGUUUGUCGAUAAAUUAAGAUUUUUGACUAUUCAUAAUUUUGUGUUUGUAAUUGUGACUUGAGUAGAUUGCGAUUUAUGUUUUAGUUGUAUAUGUGUACCAAUUGUUGAUAAAUUUGAAUUUUCUGUCUUCCUUCCAAAUUUUUCAAUUUUUAAGAACCAACUAUUUUCUUCAGCUCCUAUUUUAUACUUGUGACAUAAUUUCGAGAAUGUGUGCUUUUACAUAUAUAAUUAUGAGAUAUUACCAUGGUGGAAUUUUGAAUAGAAAGUGUCGAAAAUCAUUAUAUCAGGUUGAAGAAAUCGAAUAUUCGAUGUUGAUAUUGAUAAGAUGUCUUACUUCGACCUAACUAAUGAUAUUGAGGAGUUAGGGUAUACUAAAAGUUGCACAUUUUAUGUUAGACCACCUAGGAGUGAAUUUCUAUUAGAUAUACAAAAUGAUGAGGAUAUUUUUUAACUUUCACAAAACUUUAAAAAUGGAGAUAUUGUUGAGGUCUAUGUUUGUCACAUGGUUGAUGAAUUGGGAGGCCCCAUUGGUUUGUUGGAAUACGCUCCUACCAAUAAGGAAUCUUUUGGUGCUUCUAAUAAAGAAGGGUACAGGGGGGACCAUGAAGGUGAGAGGGUUGAUGAUAUUAAUGAAAAUGAGUUUGAAGCUACAACUACUCAACCAGUAGUUGCACUAAUCAACCUGUAGCUUCUAAAACUUCUUUGAUUGGCGACCCUGAGGUUGUUGCACCUACUCAAUCAUCAACUACUACUACUACAACUGUUGAGCCUGAGACUGAUGCACCUACUCAAUUAACAUUUAAUCCAACUGUUGAAGAGGACUUUUUAGUGCUAGAUUCAGACCAAUCAACUGAAAAUAGUUCAAAUUCAGACCAUGAAGAUCUAUAAAAUGAAGCUGAUGGUGAAUAUCAAAGUGAUGUCCAUGAAGAAAAUAUAAACUCAAGGGUUGAGAAGAUGUCAUACCAAAAGAGGAAGAGAACAGAAAGAGCACCAAAAGACCCUGAAGAAGUUUCAAUUGUUGAAGUUGGUCCAGAUGUGAGUUUUCAUGAGACUGAAUCUGUUGAUAAAAAAGGGAGUGUAGUAGAACAUAAAAUAAGAACACAUGGGCAUGAUUUUUGAAAUUGUUGAAAGAGCUGGGAUUAGGUGAUGGCAGAGAUUAUACACUAAUUUUAGAUAUGCAAAAGGGGCUUACAUCAAUAGCCAAACAUCUUUUAUCAGAGGUGCAGCAUAGGAUGUGCGCAAGACACAUUCUUGCUAACUGGGCAAAAUAUUACAGAGGUUUAGAAAGAAGGAAUCAGUUUUGGAAAUGUGUAAGAAACACCUUUGAGGAAGAGUUGAAGGCAAAUUUGGUUCACAUGGCAUUGUUAGAUUUUGUUGCUGCUGGAUCAAGUAAUAAAGUAGGUACUUGUAGAGCAAUUCCUAAACCUAGAGUAAGGCCAAGAAAGACACCUACUACUACUACUACUGAUGGAGAACCUUCUAAGCUUAAGGGAACACCAAGAAAAACAAAUGUUAAUCUUGAUGCACCUCCUCCUAGGCCUACGGGAAGGCCAAGAAAAACAACAAACAAUGAGGCAUCUGCAAGAAUUUGUGGACCUAUUGCAACAUCAACUAUAGGCAGGGAAAGAGACACAACAUCGGUAAGGGCUGAUACAACACCUGCAAGGAAAAGAGUCAUAGGCAUUGGAAGGGAUGAUAAAACACCUACAAGGGGAAGAGGCAUAGGCAUUGAAAGGGCGAUACAACACCUGAAAGAACUUGUGAACCUAUUGCAACAUCAACUAUAGGUUGUAGACAAACUAUCAAUUCUGUUAAUGUUACUUGGGACCUUGAUUUCAAACCAAGAACUAGUGUAAGGUGGAAAGGAAAAAAAGCAAUGACAUCAAAUCAAUUAGCGAUGAGGGAUGGGAUGAGAGUGAACAAAAGACAAAAAAUGCCUUCAUGAGUAGUUUAACCAUUUUGAUAGUUUUUUGAGAUAAAAGAUGAUGUAAGAUUGUCACUGGGUAAGUUAUUUCACCAAACAAUGUGAUCUUAUUUACCAUGUUUUGAAGUUGUGAUGCUUUAGUUGAACAUCUAUGUUAACUUGAUAUAAUGAUUUUGUUAAUCAACUAAUGUAUGUUACAUUUGCUUGUUUUAAUCCAAUUGUGCUUUCUAUUGUA